AUUUGGAGCUAAAAUAACCCCUAAGUCCUCUCAGCAACUUGUUUACAGGUUAGGUUAACAGACACACACACAUCCACAAACUGAGGCAUCACUGCAGCUCUCAGGAGCGUGGAUACGAGCUCUGGAGCGGGUCGUAUUCUUUGUUUCCAUGCCGACCCACAGGAUGAUGUGAGUCCGUUGUAUUUGGUGGGCUGAAGGCAGCGAGGUAUCCCGCAGUCCUGAGCACUGCUAGCAUGCCUGUGCAUCAGAUAUCAGUUGUACCCAUCACUAAGGAGAACGCCAACAGCUCCAGCCGGAAUAGAGACAAGAGUAAAGAGAAUGAGGGUGAGAAGGCACCUGGGCGAUCAGGAAGUCGAUCCAGCAAUUUAUCUAAGGCCAGCAGUUCCACCCAGGGAGCCGUGCUGAACAGUGUCUCUCAAACAUCAGUUACACCCUCCUCCCAGGACAUAUGCAGCUCUAGUGGUUACGCUAAACUUGAAGUAGAUGGCUCAGAUCAGACUACACCCGUCAUGCCCAUAAACCCCGCCUCCGAUCCCGCCCCCACCACGAAGCGGCAAGUCAAGCGUCGUAUUCGACGGCGACGGGAGAGCACCGGGACUGUUGGGUGUGCCAAGGAGUGCGUGGACCAGACGAAACAUUCACGAUCGCAUAAGCAAGUGCACACACACUCUGACUCAUCCUCAGAGGACGAGCAACGCUGGAGAGAAGCUCGCUCUUGGAGCCGCGAGAAAGCAAGGCGCAGACGAAGUGGCAGCCGACACACACAAGCGCAUCCCCGUGAGGAACGGGACGGCAUUGAGCUCAUGUCUGUCAACUCCGACGAAGGACAGAAAGAGAACCAACCACCACUGUGCAAGGGUCCCAACACCAAGGCCCACAAAAAGUUGUUAAAAAGGGAGGAGCGGGGGGGUCAAAGUCAGGCAGUCAAUCACAGGAAAGGGAGGGAUCAUGGUACUAGCAGGAGUGGAAGUGAGGAGGAGGAGCCUAUUACAAAGACAUAUGAGGAGCGAGGUUCAGGAGACCCAGAUAUGUCUGUCCCAUCCUCCUGUAAAUGCACUAAUCCCACCAAUCAAAAUGGCGCCAUGCAACAAGCAUGCACUGAUGAUGAACUAGAGGUGUGCAGGAUCUGUCACUGUGAAGGUGAUGAGGAGUUUCCGCUCAUCACCCCCUGCCACUGUACCGGAAGUUUGCGUUUUGUGCACCAGGCCUGCCUGCACCAGUGGAUCAAAAGCUCCGAUACACGCUGCUGUGAGCUGUGCAAAUAUGACUUCAUCAUGGAGACACACCUCAAACCUUUGCGCAAGUGGGAGAAGCUACAGAUGUCUACGAGCGAGCGACGGAAGAUCUUCUGCUCUGUGACCUUUCACCUGGCGGCUGUGGUGUGUGUCAUCUGGUCACUCUACGUUCUUAUUGACCGCACGGCUGAAGAGAUCCGCCAAGGCAAGAACAAUGCGUUGGUGCGUUUGUCCCCUCUCAAUGCCGUAGGGGUGCUGGAGUGGUCGUUCUGGACUAAGCUCAUUGUGGUGGCGGUUGGCUUUACUGGAGGACUCAUCUUCAUGUACAUUCAGUGCAAAGUCUACCUGCAGCUUUGGAGGAGGCUGAAGGCUUUCAACAGGAUCAUCUUUGUACAGAACUGCCCCGACACUGUCCGCAACGGAGAGAACAGGCCGCCUCAGGUCACCCAGAGCAACGGCACGCACGGGGCGGUGGAGGUUCCCGCACCUCAGACACAAACAAACACAGGAGGUGUGGAGGUGGCUCCUGUUUGAUCAUGGAUGCUUGGUGCUCUGAACCCCCAGAAAAGUCUAGUAAAGGGCUCCUCUAGGUGUAUUUGACCAAAGUGAUGUGAUUUACAUAAAACAAAAGCACUUUUUAUUUUCCCUGUAGGUUUAUCUGAUGGUGGAUAACCUAGACUUUCAUAGAGGUUUAUAAAAUUAAAACAUUAAUUGUGUGCAAUUUAUUAUGUCAAAAAUAAGGUGUAAAAAACAUUACAUAUAACCAUGUACCCAAUCCAUAAUUAAAUAGUGUAAUAAGGGAUUUCCCUACCAACUGAGGCAUUCAAGCUUGAACAACAUGUUUUUUUGCAAGUCCGCAUGUCAUUACAGAUUUUUUUUUUUUUUUUACAAUUGCUAGGACACAUUUCUCAAUACUUCUGUCACAUUUUCAUUCUUUCAUAACAGUAGCAAAGGUUGUCACCCAACAAACACACUUUGUCACUCGUAAAACAGUAACCUAAAAAAUGUUUUCUUUUGUAAGAUUUCUUUACAAUACAAGAAUGACAUUCUCAACUGUUUAGAAUUCACUGCAGUAUGUGUUAAAUGGUCCACGUUUACAGUACUGCACAAAAUUAUACCUAAGUUGUCACCUUUUGUAUAGAUGGUAAUUACAUUGAAAGACUAAGGGGCCGUUCACAGAGAACAAGUUUUUCCAUUCCAAUGCGCUACUUUUAUAUUGUUUUUAUAUGUAAACACGCGCUAGAAGGACGUGUAUGACCGUUGCGCUCAUGUCUUGAGUCUUGCGUCUUUUGCAGCGUCUCGCGCAUGACACGGCGUUCUAAAAACGCGGCGCUCAAGUUAAAGGCCCACUGAAGUGCCUUGGAACAUGCAGCUUUAUUCACUGUGUUGACGUAAUUUCGAAUGAAACAGGUAGACAGAGCGGGAUAUAUCUAGAAGCUCCUCCCCUUUUUUCAAAAUAGCCAAUAGUGUUUUGCCUAGAUCACAGCUUGGCCAGAGCCGUUUAGCUCGUAAAACCCAAUUUUUCUAAUAAUCUUUAACCGUUUCUCCUUAAUAUUGCUUUAAAAUAUAGCAUUGUUUGUAGAAUUCAAAUGUGUCCAAACGUUUUGUGGUCUGUGCCGACUCGCAUGUAUGAUCUGCUCUGUGCUCUCGUGUUUCUGGACCGGAGCAGACAGUGCUCGCGCUACGGCGGUUCACGAGACACUAAUGUGAAAACGGACUUCAUUCUCGUCAAUGGAAAGCAUAUUUACACUGUCUGAAUCGUUCCCUAUUCUCUAUAUAGUGCACUGUGCCAUUCACCAUAGAGAAACGAGUAAAUGUGUGAAUAAAUGACCGAUUUCAGCCGCAGCUUCAGCAUCUGCUUAUAGUGCAGGACUUCAGAUUCUAGAGAGCAUUUGAUUGGACAGAAGAUUUGAUGAGAAGCUGAAGUCUGUGGUGAUGUCAUGAAAAUCCGUGAUCCAUUUUAUUGGAAGUGAGAGACUGUAAAUUUUGAAUCACCUAAAUGUGAAUUUUAUCAUUGUCUUGGAACACACCAGCUUAUUCAUAACCUUAAGGCUAACAUAUUCAUACUAAAAGCUAAAAAAACUUACAUUUUGAUUUCAGGGGGACUUUAAAAUCACUUCAACUUUUAAAAAACGCAUCUCGAGAUGUUGCGUUUUUUCCCCAUUCCACUGCCCGCAUCUCGUGUUUUUCAAAGCAAAAACACGUUCUGUGUGAACGAGCCCCAACUCAAUUUCAGUAUUGUAUUAAUGUAAAAAUGUAGCAUAUUACUGUCUAUUUGUUGUCUAUUUAGUUUUGUAUUAUGUUAGGUUUUGAAUUUAAGUUUAACAGUUCUGAAAAGAGUAUUGGCCUGUAGGAAGGCCUACAUACAGUUUUGGUGGCAUUUGUGUCUGAGUGAGAAAAGAAUUCAUGUAAUUUGAAAGAUGUAGUCACUGAAUGCAUUUUGCACCAAAGCAAUGAUAUAUGAUCCAACGUUUAUCCUGCAUAGACUGCUGUUGUGCUUUACUGUGUGAAGAGGAGACUUUUGAAAAAAUGACCGAUGUAUUAAAAAAUGUGUCCUAAGUUGAUUCAAAUGUUUAAUCAAUUGGCAGCCCUGUCCUAUAGCCUACAUAUACUCUUACUGGUCAGAUUCAAUCAAAAUAGAGAAGGAAAUUCUUACAUUCGUACCUUGUUCUGAAGUGGAUUACCUGUUCUCCCCUGCGCCGUAGAUUAGCGAGAACUCUGUGACCUCUGAAUGUGACAGGGAACCAGAGGUGAACAUGGCAGUUACAGCACGAUAAUUCAAGUCAAGGAACCUGUUUUAAGCCAAUCCUCUAUUUGGCUCUCACCUCAGCUGUCUUUCCUGUUGAACUCUUGGAUCAGGGAGUCACCUUAGAGUUAAAUUCAUUAAAAGUCUUGAAAGAACCUAAAUGAACCAAAGAUAUAUAUGUUACAAACUAGGGAACAGAUAAAUAGCUUGUAUCCUUUUAUCAUGUUAACACAUUUAUUUGGUUUUCAGUGAUCUGUGUAUAGACCGGUUGUAAAUUAUUGACUGAUUCUGUGACAUGUAUUGAUUUUUCUAGAUAUAUUUAGUUUGUUUACAGUUGGCAAGGAAGGCACCGUCCAUUCAUAUCCUGGUUAACAUAGUUUCCUUUUCAUUUCUAUGGGUGAAAUGAAGAUACGUUUUUGAUUAUAGAAAGCAAAUUAUUGUACUUUUUUUUUUUUUUUUAAUCUUCUGGGGGGGAGGUAGAAAAUUAAAUGUAUUUUACUGCAGUCACUUGAAUAAAAUAAGCUACCAUAAGAAUGCAGUGGAUACAAGCAAUUCAAACAAACAUUCUUGGGUUACACAUUAGUUAUUGUUAUAGUGUCAUUUAAUACAUCUAAGUAAAAUUAAUUAACUAUAGGGUUAGGCUUAAGAGUAAGGUUUGGUUUAGGGUUAGUUGCAUGUAAUUAUUAAUAAUAUACUGUUAUUACUAUAAUAAGUACAUGUAACAAGGACCCUAAAAAAAUAAAGUGUUACUCAUUCUUGCUUUAUCGGACUUGCCAAAAAAGUAAUUGUGUGCAAUUUUUAAAAUGUUUUUCAGUCUAAAACAGCUCAAUCUAUGAGAAAUGAAUGGUUACAUAUGGUAACUGGGAUUUGUUUUCCUCCAUGCAUCAUUUACUGAUAGCCUAGUUAAGCAUUACAGAUUGGAUCUAUACUGUUUUUUUUGUUUUGUUUUUUUCCCAACUUUGCUCUUUUAAAAACUAAUGCAGCUUUUGGGGAGGUAUGCUUUGAAGGGUAUGAAGGAGAAUAAUGUUAAUUUAUUUAUAAGAAAGAGAUUUGUUAAUAUGCAGGUUAGGAGGCGAUCAUGUUUUGCUGAGUGUUGUUCAGAAAGAAUUCAACAUUUUACAUUUUUGUAUUUUGUGAUUUUCUGCAGUGAUGAUCUUGAUAUAUUAAAUAAAUAUACAUACAUUAUAUAUAUAUAUAUAUAUAUAAAAAAUUAAACACCCCCAGGGGCAUUUAGUGAUCAACAUCAGUGUUCACAACUCAAAUGCACAUUUAUAAAGGAAACAUGCAAAAAUCAGUCAGUGCAAUAAACCAGUGAAUGUAUCAAAC